CGGUUUGAUUUUGGCGAAAACUUUUGACGCAUGCGCGUUGCGGACAGCGACCGAGGCGCGAUGGCUGCGGGGAGUGAGCCGCUGGUGUCUCUGGUAGAAGAAUUUGUCUCAGGGCUGCAGGACAACAAGGCCAAAGACACGGCGACAGGCAUCAAAGAUGGACAGUUCACAGUACUACAGCUGGUGGAAGCACUGGGACCAUCUCUCACCAGCUCCCAGCCUCACACACGAGCUCGAGGAGUCCAGCUGCUUUCCCAAGUCCUACAAGAAUGCUUCGGUGGGCUCUCCGAAAAAGAAGUGGAAGUGCUCAUAGCGUUCUAUGAAAACAGGCUGAAGGACCACCAUGUCAUUACACCAUUUGUCUUGCAAGGACUGAGAGCACUGACAAAUUGUACAGUACUGCCACCUGGUUCUGCUGUGUCCAUGCUGAGGUCCCUGUUUCAGGAUGUACAUGUGCAGUCCCUGAUGAUGACAGAGCGUGCCUGUGUCUACAACAUGCUCAUCAACCUCAUGGAGUCAAGAGAACAAGAACUGAAGGGCCUGGGGGCGGACUUUGUCUUUGGCUUUGUCCAAUCAAUGGACGGCGAAAGGGAUCCCCGCAACCUCCUACUGGCCUUCCAGAUUGCCAAGAACAUCAUCCAAAGAGGCUAUGAUAUGGGUAAAUUCACCGAGGAGCUGUUCGAAGUGACGUCCUGUUAUUUCCCCAUCGACUUCAGCCCUCCUUCCAACGACCCCCACGGUAUCACUCAGGAGGAACUGAUCGUGUCUCUUCGGGCUGUUCUCGCUGGAACACAACGCUUUGCUGAGUUUCUGUUGCCUCUAAUCAUUGAGAAGCUGGACUCAGAUGUUCAGAGUGCCAAGUUGGACUCACUUCAGACUCUGACUGCUUGUGCAUCGAUAUAUGACUAUAAAGACCUGGCAGAAUUCCUUCCAGGGCUCUGGGCUUCGCUGCGCAGAGAGGUGUUUCAGACAGCCAGCGAGAAGAUAGAGUCUGCAGGUCUGGCCACCGUUUCGGCACUCACAUCCUGUCUCUCCCGCUCAGUCCUCAGCUCAGACUCUGAAGACUCGCUCAGCGUCUUCCUUGACCUCAUCCUUGAUGACUGCCAGCAUCAUCUGAGUGAGCCGGACCUGAAGCUGGUGUGGCCCAGUGCCAAACUGCUGCAGGCUGCCUCUAGUGCCUCCUACAGGGCAAGCCUUAUCGUGGCAGCUGCAGUCAUGCCCUCUCUCACAGAGCAGUACAACAACAGGACAGAGUGUUCUCAGAGGCGCACGCUGCUAGAGGUGCUGCAUCGCUUCAUCCAGCCAGCCAAAACCAGCCAAUCAGCAGAGGAUGAGAAUGUGUUUGUGGUCUUCCGCGAGUCCUUGUGCACCAUUGUGUUCUCGGCGCUAUCGGAGAACAAUGCUGACCUGCAGAUCACGGCCAUAGUUUUCCUUACCACGCUGGGGCAACAGAAGGGUCUGCUGUUGGAGAAAGACGUGGAGCUGGCUGCAGAUCACCUGACCAGAUUGCUGCAGGAAGAGGAAGAUGAUAAAGUUUGUCUCGCCGUGGUGGAAUGUGCCGGAGCCCUGGCCAAAUUGCAUCCAAAAGCAUUCACCAAAAUGAUCCCAAAAAUUAAACAGGAGAUAUUUGCUGAGCCCAUGGUCGAAGAGGACAACAGCACACUGUCAAAAAAACCUUCCCAUCAUGCACUGCGGCAGCGGUGUGUAUCGGCUCUGGCGGCAGUGUCGGUCCAGCCAAGUCUGGUCCAGGAGAGCACAGCUGUCCUGCUUGAGGUCCUCACCUUGGCACAUACAGGCAGCGCUGACUUCUCGCUGGAGGAGGUGGUGUCUGUGUGUCACAGCCUCCAGAGGAUAGCGCAGCACACUGUAGACGCCGAGGAGACGGGCCGCUGCUUCCAUGAAAUCAUCAUUCCACGCCUGCUGACUCUUGCCCUGCAGGCAGCCCUGUGUGAGGAGGAGUCAUCUGCUCGUUGUAGUCCUAUGGUGGAGGAGGCAGUCCUGUCAGCCAUGGUCCCCAUCAUCAGCACCGCUUGUGCCAGGCUGCAGCCCACACUCGCAGGCCAGACAGCGUCAAGAGCCGUCUCUCUCUUCCUGGACGGAGAUGUCUCGUUUCUGUCUGACAACUCCUUCCCCUCGCACAUUCGGCUACUCAAGAAUCAGGAGGGAGACUCUGGGAAGAAGUCCCAGCUGGUGUGCCUGCUCAUGGGCUGCGUGUGCUCGUUGCCCCGCAGUGUGGAGGUUCCCCAGAUAGACAGAUUGCUGUCUGAGUUGGAGGAGCUGAGCUGUACCUGCAGCCUCCCGCUCUCAUACGUCUCCGCUGCCAAGUGUUUCGCCGGGCUGGUUAACAAGAGACCACAGGGCGAGGCUCUAGACUCCUUAAUACAGCGGACCAUUAAGAGAAUGUGCCGUGAGUUGGACUCUCCCUCCUCUCCUUUGCGGAUACAGGCCUUCACUCUUAUGGUCUGGGUAGCCAAGGCACUGCUGCUCAGAUACCAUCCUCUGUCUGCAGCCCUGACCGAGAAGCUCUUUUCCCUGUUCAAUGACCCUGAGCUGGGUUCACUGACGGCAGACGGCUUCUCCUUGCUGAUGAGCGACCAUUCCGACGUGUUGAACCGCAGUUGCCAUGCGGAUGUGCGCAUCAUGUACCGCCAGCGCUUCUUCACCGAGAACUCCGCCAAGCUGGUGAGGGGCUUCAGCUCAGCCCCAUCAGAGAUGAAGUCCAACUACCUGAAGGCGCUAUCCAAUAUGGUCAAUAACCUGCCCAAACAAGUUCAGAUCUCUGAGCUACCACCGCUGCUGUCACUGCUGCUGGAGGCCUUGUCUGGUCCAGACCAUGGGGUCCACCUGUCGACUCUGUCUUGCCUGCAGCCGGCCUUACUCAACCCUUCUCCAGCUGUCAUACAGCAGCUGGAGGCGCUGGUCACCAGGCUCCUGGCCCUCACCUCCAGUCCAGUCAUGAAAGUACGAAUUGCCACGCUAAGGUGUAUCCACGACGUGUCCCAAUUCCCUGAACAUGAGGUGCUUCCUUUCCGUACCAGGGUGCUGCGGGCCCUGGCCAAACCUCUGGAUGACAAGAAGAGGAUGGUGAGGAACGAGGCCGUACAGGCACGGGGAGCAUGGUUCCUCUUGGGAAGUCCGGGGGGCAAGUGAUGGCCCUACCCCAACCCUCAUCCAGAGCCUCCAAACUCUGACUUGGCUUGAAGGAGAGAGGAUAAGCUCUGGGGAAAGAGGGCCAGACUUAAACCUCAGCACAGGAGCCUCUUCUGGGUCAAACCGUUUAGCAUUUGAUUCUCCAGCAUCCAUCCUCCCCGCAACUCACCUUUCUAACUAAACUCCCUCCAUUCUUUAGCUUUUCCGAGAAUAUCUGCUUUUUGCUUUUUUUCCACCGCUUCUAUUUUUAUGAACGCACAAAGUAUUUUACAUUGACUGAGCAUGCCAGCGUAUCAGCAGCGACUGCUGGGGUAGCAUCGAGAUCUACAUAGAAUGUGAACGAGCAUUGUAUUAAUAAUGGAUUCGCGUCCCUUCGAUUUGACGUACAACCAGGUAGCGGUAGUUAUACAAAAAUCACGGUAGUAGUCUGCCGGGUUUUCUUUUAACGCCAUUAAAAGACGCCGGUGGGGGCAGCUGCCUGUGGCACGUGUGGGGUUUUAGAAGAGCGCCGCCCGUCGCGUCAUGUCGAGAGUGAAGGGUGCGGGGGUGUACCGGCAAAUUUCUGCACAACACCUCAAAUCACACAACCUCCACCCCCCACCCCCACCCCCCCAGCAGCUUUGAAUAACCUACCAGAUCUCAGCAGCGGUCAGCGGGGCGUCGCACCAGCGGGACGUUUCCCACGAGCGUUUGGGUCGUUCAGCUCAUCCUUAGGUCCAAGUCUGGGAUAUUAGCUCGAGACAAGCAGAGCCCUUUCCGCCAUGUGCACCUAUAGGCCAGCCACGUGAGAUCUCCGAGAACGGCGCGUGAACCAAGCGAAGCACCGAGCAUCGUAUCAACCGCACGAGCGCGAUGUGAGGCGAAACCAGCCAACCGUGCGCCACGCGUACUCCCCGGUAGCCCACGGCGGCGACACGAGGCUUGGGGGGACUUCCGCUGAUGGCGGGUUUUAAGUUCAUUUUACAUGAUUUGAAUAUUUAGGACGUUGUUAAGGAUUAAAAUUGGGACUUGAGUGUCAUGUGUUGAACCGUUGCCU